CACAAAUCGAACCAAUGUUUUAUUGUCACGUGCUCGCGAAGGAAUGUAUCUUAUUGGUAACUCAGAGUUAAUGGCAUCGAAAUCCAAAGACAUGUGGGAUCCUAUAAUUCAUAUCUUACGUUCUCGUAAUCAAGUUGGUUUUGGGAUGCCGAUACAAUGUGUUCGACAUCCUCUUAACAAGCAUACUAUCAAAGAACCCGAACAAUUCAAAUUAGUUAGCACAAAUGGUGGAUGCUUUGAUCCAUGUGGCGUAUCAAUGGCUUGUGGACACGCAUGUACUUAUAGGUGUCAUGCAGAUGAUCCUAAACAUAUUAACGUAAUAUGCCAGAAACCUUGUUCAAGAUUGCAUCCAAGAUGUAAUCAUCCUUGUGAUAAGCUUUGUAAGGAGGAUUGUGGAAUAUGUAAUUUUAUCGUCGGGGACAUUACAUUACCUUGUGGACAUGUUGUUCCAGAUGCUAAUUGCAAGCAAAAUUUAAACAAACAUGUUCUCAAGUGUGUGACACGCGUUGACAAAAAAUACCCUCGUUGCGAACACACAAUAACUUUGAUGUGUUAUGAAUCAAUUGAAAAACUUAAAUGUGAAAAUAUGUAUGGAGAUAUUACAUUACGUUGUGGACACGUUUUGCCUAAUGCUACUUGUCGGCAAAAUCGACACAAAAAUGCAAUCCUGUGUAAGGCGCGCGUAGACAAACGGUAUCCUUCUUGUCAUCACACCAUAAACGUCAUGUGUCAUGAAUCGAUUGAGAAUCUUAAGUGUUUUAAUAUUUAUGGAGAUAUUGUAUUACGUUGUGGACACGUUUGGCCUAAUGCUAAUUGUCAGCAAAAUCAAUUCAAAACAUAUCUCCAGUGUAUGAUACGCGUUGACAAACAGUAUCGUUAUUGUCAACAUACAGUGAACGUCGGAUGUUGCGAAUCGGUCGAUAAUCUCAAGUGUAGCAAUAUAUGUGGAAGUGCCUUGUCGUGCGGUCAUAGAUGUACAGAUCAAUGUAUUAAUUGUCAACAGCGUGCAAGAUCAAGAUUAACGAAUGAUAAUCCCCAUGCGAUAUGCAAAGAUAUAUGCAAUAAAGUAUUAUUUUGUGGGCAUAUUUGUAAACGAGAAUGUCAUGAAGGAGAAUCUUGUUUACCAUGUAAGAAUGAUUGUAUGAUAUCUUGUGAACAUACAACAUGUAAUCUAAAUUGUUUAGAACCAUGCGUUAUAUGCGCAAAAGCAUGUGCUUGGGAAUGUACCCAUCAAGGAAAAUGUGAACUAAGUUGUGGAGUUCCGUGUUAUAGGUUACCAUGCAAUAAACGUUGCGAAAAGGAAUUGGAAUGUGGACAUUUAUGCCCCGGCGUUUGUGGUGAAGUUUGUCCUCCUAAAAUUUAUUGUAUUACUUGUGCUUCUGAGGAUAUUAAAAGUCAACAAGAACCACCACCAGAUUUUAGGAAAGGCAUGAAGUUUGAUGAGAUAUAUUGGGAUGUUGAAAGAAUGAUCGUUCUUUCUUGUGGUCAUUAUUACACAAUGGAAUGUUUGGAUUACUAUAUGGAAAUCGAAGAAUAUUAUAACGGGUCUACAAAAGGAGGAUGGACGUCAAUUAAAACACUCUCAAUAAAGCCAGCAAGUGAAAAAACAUGUCCCGCAUGUCAAUUUCCGAUUAAAAACAUCAAAAGAUAUGGCAGAAGAAUUAAGAAAUGUAUAUUGGAUGUACAAAAUAGAAAGUUUAUCCAAAAAUAUGAUCGUAAAUUAAAAAAUAUUUCCAAUCAGAUUAUAUCAUUUAAUAAUAAUGCAGAGAGAAACAAUCUGAAAAUUCAAUUGAAAAAGGUUUCUAGUACUGAUCCAAGACCUAAAGAUGAGAUAUUUAAAGAGGUUAAUGUUUUAGAUGAUGUCUUGUCUGAACUUACUCCAUAUCAGUAUUUUAAUAAUGUUGAAAAAUAUCAUGGAUUUGAACCUAGCAAUGCGACAGUUUGGAUUCCUCACGUUAACAAAUUGUUGAAUAUUUAUCAAGAUUUGAGUUUAAUUAUUCUUGACGCCAAAAAUCCUCCUCACAAAAAUGCAUUUGAAGCUUCUAUUUCCAUGAAUCAGGGAAGAGACUUAACAUCACUUUCUGGAUUUUCGGUUUCAAAGAUGGAACAAAGAAUUUAUUUAGAUGCAUUUUUCGAAAUUAUAAAUAUUCAGAAAAUUUUAUUUCAUGAAAUUUUAUUUAUAAUUGGAGAGGUCCCAAGGCAAUCUAUCUUUAGUUAUAUAUUCCAUAAAGUAGUAGAAGUUAAAUAUACCUGGCAGAAAUUUGCAGAAAAGUUACAACGAACAAUUCAAAGUCAUUUGAAUACCAUUAAAGAAACAGCCGAGUCGUUACGUUAUGAUAGACAUUUAUUGUUGUCUAGAGUUGAAUUACUAGAAUCUGAAAUUAAGUUGCUUAUAUUUCAAUUAAAAUAUCCUCAAGAGGGAGUAAAGGAUAAUGAUAAAUUGAGAAUCAAACAACAAUUUGGGGGUAUGCAACAAUCAAUUUUGAAUAUUAAGACAAGUGAUGUAUAUAUUCAUGUUGCUGAUAAGGAAUUUAAAAAUGGCUUGGAAGAGAGAUUGUCUUAA